UUCUUUUUGCAGAGUGAGCUUCAAGCCACUCUCGUUAGCAUUCAAGAUGGCAGCAGCCCCGUCAAUGGCUGCAGCAAUUGCUGCCUCGCUCCCUGCGCCCUCUACCGCGCCCACUCCUGCAGCACCGACGCAUGAAGCCAUCCCUGCUUCCAUGGCCAAGGUCAUUGACCUCGAGGCCGACAUCCCACUCACUUGUGUUCAGCUCGAUGGCAUGGUAGUCUCCAAAAUUAUUAAACAUGCCCGGGAAUCUCAAGGCUCGAGUGCACAUGGCAUCCUUCUCGGUCUUGACCUGGAUGGUACCCUUGAGGUUUCCAACUCGUUCGCCUUGCCGCAACAUAUUAAUGAUGAUGAUGACAAAUCGGUAAAGGGUAUUGCUCGUUACCAGGCCUCUAUGCUGCGAUCUCUCAAGGAGGUCCAGGCAGAUGACAGCAUCAUUGGUUUCUACCAAGCAAUGUCUCUUGGCUCCUUCUACAAUCAAAGUCUCGUGGAAACGCAGGCAAUACAACAAGACAAGCUGCGCCACGGCGGCAUUGUCCUUGUCCACGAUAUUUCACAAACUGCUCGGGGGAAUGCCGCCUUCCGUGCAUUCAGGCUCACGAGAGCCUUCUUUGAUGCAUACAAGCGCAACAACUUCAGUACAGACAGCUUAAUCAGUCACCGCCUCACCUUCUCAUCCAUUCUCGAGGAGGUCCCGAUCAAAAUCCGCACGAGCCCACUUCUAGGUGCAUUCCUGGAGACCUUGAGUGCACCUUCAACCUCCCCCGUCUCAGAACCCAGUUCUGCGUCAGCACAGGCGUCCGUUGCAUUGCCCCCUUCGUUCUCCGUCCUCAACCUUGGUACCAAUGAUGUCAACAAGAAUUUGGAACAAGUCAUUGAGGCUAUGGAUGCGUACAAGACCGAGGAAGGCAACAUCGCAUACAACCAGCGCCAGAUUGCGCGGGAGAAGGCUAAGGCCGACGCGUACGUCGCCAAGCGCAAGGAGGAUAACGCUGCCCGUCUUGCGCAGGGCCUUGCGCCGCUGCCGGAGGAAGACGUUAGCCGGUUGUUCAAGAUUCCACCUGAGCCGAGCCGGCUGGAGAGCAUGAUGUUGCUUGGUCGCAUUGACGCAUACUCAAAGACGUUGGAGGAGACGUCGAGCACAGGUCUCGUCAAAAUGUACGCCGCGAGAGGCACGGCGAACGUGUGACAUGUGAAGCUUUGAAGCUUGAUAUAGUAUGCUCAUGGAUGUACUAUUUUGAGCGAAGUGAAAUUUGCUGUGAAUGAAGCGUUCGGCA